AUUUAUAGCAAAAAUUUAAAAAAUCAUCAUGAUUGACAUAAUUACAAAGUUAAAUCUAAAGGAAUUGUAUAUACCCAUGUAAUUUUUAGAAUAAACUUUUUUAUCUUUUUGGGUUUUUUUUUUUAAUGUGUGGUCUGUGGUUAGAAGGUCCAUGUUAUUGCACUUGUCCUCAGCAAGCGGUCACAAUAUUAAUCAUACCAAAAAACUUUAAAAAAGCUCUAAAAUUGUGAAAACAUAUAUAGCCAAUAAAAAAUAAGAGGUAUAAAUAUAAAAAACAAUGCAUGAAGUGAACAUCAAACUAUAUUUUCCAUAAAAAUCUACCUAUUAAAGUUGUGUCCUCAGUUUCUGUCAACUCCGUCAGAUUUUUUUAAUAAAGCUAUUUAAAUCAGGAAAUUCAGGUCAGCUAUAUCCCUGAGGACCCCUUUUCAUCUCCCUGCCUGUGGUGAAUGCAGCACUACCACACAUGCUCUGGAAAGCAUGGCUAGACAGAAAUUGUCAGUUGAGGAUCAAAGGAGAAGAAAUAGAGAGUACCAACGAAAGAGAAGAGAAAAAUUAAACAGUGACCAAGAGAGCAAGCAUGCUCUGCAAGAGAAGGAAAGACAAAGGUGGAAGAAGAGAGUUAAAGACAAAAAAGUAAUACAAAUAGACGAGAUGGGAGACAGGGCAAAGAGGAAUCAGAGAAAGUAUUGGAGAGAGGCACAGAAAAGGUCUAGAGAGAAAAGAUCCAUUGAAGAUGCAGUGCUGAGGGCACACACCCCUCCAGAUAGUCCGCAAGAUCAGGAUAUUCAAGAAUAUAAUGCCAGACACAGCAGACAGUCUCUUAGACAGAAAAGGGAGAGGAGUAAAACGAGAAAAAGGCAUUCAAGAGAAAUAAAAACUUUGAAAGAGAAGCUUAAGAAGGUAACAAAACAACGAAACAAACUGAGAAAGAAAAUAUAUCGAAGAAGAAACGCUACAAAUAAAACACCACUUGACUCCCCAGGCACAGAAACAAAGAAGAUGCUAUCAGAAAGCAACAUUAGGAAUCCAAAAAUCAAGAAAGUCCUUCUAUUCCACAACAUCCUCAGAAGAGAGCUGAAGAAAAACAAACAAACUCCUGGGCCACGGCGUCAGGAACCAGCACUAAGUGUGUCUUCAGGCAAGAUUCUCAAAAAGUAUCGUCUCCUUCACCAAAUCCACCAGUUUGGGAUAACCUACAAGUUAAUAAGAGGAAAGAAACAGACAAAGAAAAAGCCAACAUUCCUAAAGGGUAUAACAGAAACUGUUAAGGAUUUUUUUCUGAACUCUGCACGUGUGACCACUGAUAAGACUGACACCAUCACUAGGAAUAAGAUAAAGCAGCAGAGAAUGAUCCUGGCAGACUCCAUGAUCAACCUCCACUCUGACUUCCUCAUUAGUAACCCUACUGUGAAGCUGAGCUAUUCUUCUUUCUGUUCUCUGAAACCAUUCUAUAUUACAGCACCAAAAGCAUCUGAUCGGAAGACAUGUCUAUGUCAAAAGCAUGAAAAUGCAUACUUAAUUCUUGAGGUCCUUAGAAUGUCUGGUGUUGUGAAGUCAAACAAACUGGAUGACAGUUUUCAAUUAGUUUGUUGCUCUCCAGCAAGUGAGGCCUGCCUUCUUCGCACCUGCUCACGAUGUGUAAACAAAGGAACAGUUACAACCCAAGAGCAAGACAAAAUCCAUGUUCAGUGGAAGCAGUGGGAGAGAGUUCAAGAAGAGACAGUCAAUGGAAUCAACACUAAACUCGUCCAACACAGUGGCAGUCUUUCAAAGCUAAUUAAACUCUAUGAGCAAAUACUCCGAAAUGAAACCACAACACAUGUGUGUUUAGUCCGAAACCAGUCAAAAGCAUACAGAAACACAAUUGAGACUUGUGAAGAAAGUACAGCAAUUGUUCACGUUGACUUUUCAGAAUUCUGGAGAUGCAAGUAUCAAUCUGAAGUACAGGCCUGCCAUUUUGGACAAAAUCUGCCACAGCUAACUCUACAUACUGGAAUGUAUUACAUUAAGGGUGGAAAGGCAGGUUUUUGCACACUUUCAGAGUCAAAGAGACAGGAUGCUGCAGCAAUCUGGACACACAUGGAUCCAGUCCUAAAAGAUAUCAAAACAAGAUAUCCACAGGUCACCACUGUGCACUUUUGGUCUGAUGGUCCAAGUAAACAAUAUGAGAACAAGAAGAAUUUUUUCCUUCUGUCUUGUAUCCCACCUACACUUGGGUUUGAAAGAGCCACAUGGAACUUCUUCCCCACUUCCCAUGGUAAGGGCACACCAGACGGCAUUGGCGGAACAGUGAAAAGAACAGCUGACAACCUGGUCCUGAGAGGAAAUGAUGUGACAGAUGGACACACAUUCUUUGUAAAGGUCUCAAACAGUCUGAAGAGCAUUCAGCUGUAUCACAUUGCAGAAGAAGACAUGCAAAGAUAUGAUACACUUCUCAUGCAUCCUCUCAAACAGGUUCCCUCAACCAGAAAAAUACACCAGGUCAUCCCACAUGAGAACAGGAUCCAGCACAGACAACUAUCCUGCUUUUGCAGCAAGAUGUUGGUUUGCCAGUGCUUCAGCCCAGCUACCUUCUAUUUCCAUGGCUACCCAGAGGAACAGCAGAGUGAUACAAGGAGGGCAGGGAAGAAAAGACCUUUGGCCAUGUUGUUGGAGGAGAUGGAAAAAGAGAUGGUAGGGGGGGAAGAUGUAAUGGAGGAGGAGUUAGAUGAGGAGCCUCUGAAAAGUCCUGAGGGUACUGUGACAGUAACGACUGUUAGCAGCCUUAACAAUGGAGACUGGCUAGCAGUAGUAUAUGAUGACCACUGGUGGCUAGCCAAGACCAUUGCCGUGGAUACUGAGCAUCAAGAUGUGAAAGUGGAGUUUCUGCAUCCCCAUGGUCCAACAGCAAAGUAUCAGCCUAAGCUUCUCACAAAGGAUGUCUGUUUCUGCCCAGUUAAAGACAUCAUAGUGAAACUAAUGGGAAUUGCAUCACCAGUCAAAUUAAGAAAACGAGAGAUCUACAGCAUAGCCCCUGAUGUGAUGGACUUCAUAGAGCCUGAGCAUGUCCGACGCCUGCUGCCCAAGGCAUAAACGCAGCUUAGAUUAUGUGUUGCACUAUUGUUGUUAAUUUAAGAUCACACCCAGUAUAAAGUAGGCAGUGCAGGGCAAACACAUCACACACACACACACACCUCACUUCAAAGUAAAAAGAAGAGGAAAAGAAGAGGAGAAGAGGUGGAUGAGAAAAAGAAGAGCAGGAAGUGGUAUAGAGGAGAUAGAUGAAAAAAUUGGGGGAGGAGGGCCCCUGGUUUCCCUUAUUGUUCUUUUUUUUUUGAUAGUUGGAAACGGUGUAAUUUAUAAUAGUUGGAAAUGGUGUAUGUGCAAUAUCUUAAUUAUAGUUUGCUUUACAGUACUUUAAAAACAAUGAGUAGUUUUAGUAUAGUAUUUGAAAAGCACAUCUGUUCAUUAAUCAGCAAUGCACACAUAUUUUUGUCAACACCAUCAGUUUUUCGUCAACACCGUCAGAUCUUCAUCAACAGCGUUGGAUGUAUUUUUUUGUUAAUCUUUUGGGGAAAAAAUAUUCUUCCUUCAGUUUAUGUUGUUUUUGUAAUAAAGGACCAUCUGAUCUACAUUCUCUUAUGUUUUAUUUAUUCUUUAUUUAUUUAAGGAAAUAUUAAAGUUAAAAUCAAUGUUUGAAAAUGCUAAUAUUUAGAAAUCUGAGUUUUCAGAAUAGUGUGGAAUCACAACCUAAGUGUAUAUAUUGUAUUUUUUUACAUAUCAGAGUAACUAAACACUAUUACAAUAUACUUCAGAAUUUUAGUUUCUUGUUGGAUUGAAAGAAUUAAAAUUUUAUACUUUUUAGUGUGUCUGAUGGAGUUGACACUAAACAAGUUCUGAAUGAAAACAUGUUGAUUUGUUGAAAAUGUGUUUUUAUUUAGAACCUGUUCCUUUACAUGGUUAAAUAGCUAGGACCUUUCUCUGCAGAAACAUAUAACUUUAAUUGAUAUAGUGUGUAUUUAAAAAAAAAGUUUUUUAAAACCUGUUUUGUCCCGACUCUCAAGAAUC